GUGGAUUUGCGUAUGAACGAAGGUGUUUGAUUGAAACGCGUACUGUUGCGCGCACCGUAGGUAUCGAAGAAUCGUCGUCGGCGUCGAAGGCUGAAGAAGGGACCGAAGAAUGGUCGGAAAGGACAAGCGCGGUGGGGUGAACGGUUCACUGUGGAGACGGGUGGGGAUCGCGGGCGAAGAAGUGGGGUACAGCGGGAAAUAGAGCCGGUAGUAGCGGCAGUUGCGUCUCGAGCAGCGCGCGUGUUGUUUCGUUCCGUCCUGUGCGUGUAGCUUCUCGCGACAGCUACCGAGGCUUUUACGUGCCGACGAAACUCGUUUCUUUUUUUUGUUUUUGUGCCGCGAUUCGCGCCCACGCGGCGUCGCAACGGAAACCGUAUUAACGUGGGACGUCCUAUAAACAGGGCAGUGGAUCCCGGUGGUGUUUUCAGUGUUACAUUUUUGUGCAAACGUUCGUUUAUGUUACGAGAAUCAGUUUCUUGACGCGUGAGGUGUUUACCAGGAGAUAGUUGUCGGUAGACAUCCAUUGGGAAUUUUCUGUGUGUUACUUGUUCACGCCGGAGGAUUGUUAAUUGUGUCCGAAUACGUGUCCGCACCGAUCCCAGUCUACGUUUUUGGAAUGACGAUCGGAGCGGCGAUGUCGAGGAUUGACAGCUACCGCUGAUUCAUAAGAUACCCUGCAGGGCCACUCGCUACCAAAAUGAGCACAUCGUUGCGAAUUUUGGCGCUAAUCAGCUUAGCCGCGCAGAACGUGGCUUGGCCGCAAGAUCCCGUUCCUAAACUGCACGUCAAAUAUCGCGAGGUGAUUGGCCAGCGGUUCCUGGGAAACGAGAGCCACGUGGAGCACUUCAAGCUCCUGGAGCGCGCGACCACUUCCAUCCUGAUUGGCGCCAGGAACGCCAUUUACAACAUAAGUCUGCACGACCUAGCGGAGAUCGUCGAUCAGAGGUUGCAGUGGUCCAGCAGCGGGGCGCAUCGUGAACUUUGUUAUCUGAAAGGACGCAGCGAGGACGAAUGCCAGAAUUAUGUACGUGUAUUUGGCAGACAAGGGCCUGAUCGAUUUCUCGUUUGUGGAACGAACGCGUACAAGCCGCUGUGCAGACAAUUCACCAUCAAGGUACGUAUAUGCCAGUUCAUAGAGUGGCAAUAAAUCUAGCUGAAUGACACGAGGUAAGUGUUUGUACCAUUAUUGCAGAUGGAAACGAUGGUCAUUUAACAACGUCGUGUUGUUACAUAGAAAAAUGACUGGUAGUAACAGCCAUAGUUAGUAAUCUUCAUUUACGCUAGAAAGUAACACCUGAACUAUAAAGCAAAACAAUUUGACCCAUGACGUCGAACUUCUUUCUUAAAUUACCUCAAUUAUUAACAUGUUAAGAGGGUGUUCUGGUUUAAGUGGCCGAAAAAUAUUUUAUUAGGUGUACAAAUAAGUUCGGUGCCUUCUUAUCAUAUACUCGAUGUUUAUUUAUAAGAAGCAGGAAUACACGUUAUGUUUCAAAGUAAUCACCAUUACUUUCUACACACUUCUUCCACUUUUCGAAUAGUUGGCGUAUUCCGUUUCUAUAAAAGGAUGGUGAUUUUGAUUCAAUAAACUAAUUAAUGCUUUUUUCGACUUCUUCGAAAGAUUUGAAAUGAGAAUCAACUAACAACCGAAAAAGAUGGUAAUCUAAGGGGGUCAUAUCUGGAGAAUAUGUCGCAUGAAUGAGAAUCAUUUUUGUAGCCUCAGCAGCAUUUUUCUUCAACUCAAAUGCAAAAAGAAUACAAUGUCUAAUGUUCUCUUUGUGAAACGUCAUGGUGCGAAGUAUUGUUUUUCGAGGUUAUAUACCAAUUAGGUUAAAGUUACAUAGUGAAAUUAGUAGCGUGAAGCUAAUACUUUAAGACAUCGAUCGGGCGGGAAAAAAAUUUCAAUUUGAAAUGUAAUUACAGCUGAGUAUAUGUAAAGGUACCGAACUUAUUUGUACACCUAAUACGUAUUUAAAUCUUAACAGAGUGAUGAAUUCUUAGAUAAAAUAAUAUUCUAUGGAAAUUGACACAGGACUUUAAAAAGUAUUGAAAAGUAUCGAAAUGGUGCUACCUUGAAUUGUGGAAAUCUUCUAUAAUUCCGUUAAUUUUUCGAAUUCCAGAAAAUCCUUUUGCAGAAUAUUUGUAUUGUAGUUACUCUGAAGAUACUAAGAAU